UGAAUAGCACGUUCUGCUGCUGCUGUUUGCAGUCUUCACGUCGCGUGCCACGAGAGAGGCCGCGGACUUGUGAAGCAUAAUAAUGAGCAGCAGCGGCAAGAGGCUUGGGGGUGGCAGGCCACCGACCGGCACGCCGUCCCCUGCCUGGUCUUCCGUCUCGUCGUCGCUUCUCUCCUCGCCGGCGCCUCUAUCUUCCACAACAUCUCCAAGCCCAACCUUGUCCUCCUCCGUGUCCUUCCCUCUUCUAGCUCUUUAGUUGGAGCGCCUCCUGUUCGACUGAAUGCCACUGAAGCUUAAAUCUCGCCCUUGCAGACUCUGCAGCCGGUGAAUCAGCCCCCAUCCGCUGAAGCCGAGCAAGGUGAUGUCAAGUAGCGAGCUGGAUCGGUAGUUCGAUUGGAUCAAUCUGGUGGAUACUUUGCUUGUUGCAAUUUAAAUCGACUUCUUUGUCAGCUGUAGAAUUUGCUUUAUUUUUCAAUUAGCGCAAACGAUAGAAGUAGUAGAAAAAAGGAGUGGCCUUUUGGCCGGCCGGAUCCAGAAGAGAGCGAUAAUGCUGGGCUUGAGGUUCCCGAGACCAAAGAGAUCGCCUUUAGAGCUGCUCCGAUCUACUCUCUUCUCUUGCUCCCUCGUUCUCUUCUCUCAAUUCGCCCUAGCAUUGGUGCCCUGGCUCUUUCCGUUCAUUUCUUUCCUUGCCAUGCUCCCGAUCGCAGCUUUGAUUAUAGUGGUGGCGAUUCUGUUGGGGAGAUUUUUGAGGCGUCGACUUGGUGUUUCUGCUUCUGCUCCGGCUCUUGUCCUCUUCAAUGUACUGUUCAUGUGGGGAGUUUAUGUUACCAUCAUCAGAAAAGCCAUCCCCUCCUUAUUGGAUGCUGUUCUCAACGCUGUGUGCGCUUUGCUAUUGUAUGGUCUUUAUAGAAUAUUAUCUGGUGAUCUCGGAACAGUAUCAUAUAGCUCUUCCACUUUGGAGUCCGGUCAAAAUGAAUUUGUUACCCUUAAUGUUCAAUGCGAGAGCUCCCCAACACUUCCAAGGGUUAGAUAUUGUAAAAGUUGUAAGGCUAGUAUUAAGGGAUUUGACAAUCACUGUCCUGCUUUUGGGAAUUGCAUAGGUAACAAAAAUCAUCGUUUAUUAAUUGUUCUUUUAGCUGGAUUUCUUAUUGCAGAGUCUUCCUAUACAAUGAGUUCAACCAAGUUCCUCACAAAAACUGCUGAUGCACAGAGGAUAGAGAGCAUCCUUGCAAACAGCUUGGUCAUCAGUACAAUGCUUUUCUGUAUACUCCAAGUGCUAUGGCAGGUGUUGUUCCUGAUAUGGCACACUUACUGCAUUUGUUUCAACAUCAAAUCAGAGCAAUGGGUAAAUUUGAUGCAGAUUAAUUGGAAGAGAUGCCCUGAAUUCCAACAUAUGUUAGAACCUCAACCAGGAAGUCCCCUUGAGGGAGACCAGGUUGGCCAUUCCAUAUGAUAAAGGUCCGCUUGGUGACAUUCUAGACUUCAUAAACUCCAAGGGUUAGAACAUCUGAGAUUAUCUACCAUUUUUAAUCUUUGAUACUAUUAUCUUGUGGGGAAGUCUUGCAUGUUCUUGCUGAUAUCCUGUGUAAUGUCAAAGUAAGAAGGUUGUGGUUAGAUUUACUACAAUAAAAAAUCGUGACAAUUUAAUUGACACUAAGUUUCAAGAAAAUGGUGAUUGUGUAAGAGAUCAAAUCCUCUGUCCCAAUAUUUCCGUGUCCCCUUGCAGAUCAGACGGGUUAAAUCACAUUUUAAGGAUGCAAUGCAUAUUAUGAGGAUAUUAUAACCGUCCGAUCGACGACGAAAGGAUACGGGGACACAAGAAUCUUGAUACAGAGGAUCUGAUUUCAUUGUGUAAUGGCGUAUAAGAGAAAAUGUUGUUUGUGUAAUGGCGUAUAAAUUUUUUUUUCACA